AGGAUGUGCUGGCCCUACACGAGCGCUGCAUGGACACAGCUCUCUCAGUGAGGAAGCAAGCACUGGUGUCUCUCUCCUCCCUCGUCACCGACCUACCUCACUGUGCCAUGCUCCACGAGUUGUGGCUGGAUGGUGUGUUGCCUAUGGUGAUGGACAAAGAGGCCAGCGCUCAGGAGAAAGUCAUCUCAACUCUGGAGAGCAUCAUUCUUGAUAACAUCGCCCCUUUCAACAGUCAACAGGCUCCGAGGCAGAGGUUUGUGUGGGAGCUGCUGUCUCUGGUGGCCGAGGAGGACAGGAUGGACCUGCGGCGCUACGUCCGCCGGGCCACCGAGCUCUGGGCCAAGCAGGGGAAACUGGGCGGGGCUCUCGUGAGAGCUGUUUGCUCACACACCGCACACCUUCCCCACCAGAAGGCGGCCUGGACACUCCUGGCUGAAAUGUCACAGUACGUCGCAUCUUACCUCGACACCAACUUCGUGUACGACAACUGGAAACAGCAUUCCUCGGUGGUAUCCAUGGAAACGAUGGCUCCACUUGUUCAGAUUCUGACGGUCAUAGGCAACGCGGCAAAGAACCUUGCGAAGGUGGCGAGGGAAGAUAUGAGAGACGAGAUAGUUUCAAUGUUGGAGACGUUCAAAGUACCUCCGGUUGUUAUACAGGCGGCUAUCACCACUCUCAGUCAGAUCUGUGAGAGUCUGACGAGGUCUCGAGAGGGCUACCAGGCAGCGGUUGACAACUGGUGUGUCCCACUGCUGAAGAAAUGUGAACUCUACCUCACCUCGCUCAUAGAGGACAACUCUCAGUCGUCGCUGUCUGAAGGAGGGAGAGAGAUAGACGAGAAAGAGGCCACGUGCUACCUGUUUGCAGUUGGGGAGCUGUGUCGGCUUAGUCCUGCCCACACCUCUUCCCACCUCACUCUCGUGGUCCACUCCUUACUACUGGCCACCAGGGAGGGAGAUGGAGAGAAGCCGAGUUUCCGAUCGCUGUCCUCUCAGUCUUCCCAACUCUCUGGUCUCACUAAUCUCUCCUUCUCCCCCUCGCUCCGGGCCCUCAGCUACCUCACUCUAGGGAAGCUGUGUCUUCAGGACGAGGAGUUGACGAAGCAAGUCAUCCCGCAGCUGGUCAGGGAGCUCCAGACCUCGCCACACGCCGCGACUCGCAACAACGUGAUGGUGGUUCUGUGUGACCUGGCGGUGAGGUACUCGGUGAAGGUGGACCCCCACAUACCCAGCAUCGCAGUCUGCCUCAGAGAUGAGUCACUCCUGGUCAGGAGACAAACACUGACUCUACUGGCCAGUCUCAUUCAGGAGGACUACAUCAAGUGGAAAGGAGCCCUCUUUUUCCGCUUCAUCAGCACUCUACUGGACGAGGAGCUCAGGGUCUUUGCUGAGUUCUGCCUGGUUCACAUUCUCCUGGCCAGGAAUCCAAACAUGUUCUUCCAGCACUUUGUCGAGUGUGUCUUCCACUUCAAUGGCUAUGAGAAGCACAGAGUGUAUAACAGGUUCAGGCAGACGGAGAGAGAGAGGGAGCUGUUCUCUCUGAAAGGCAGCAAACACAGAGAUCAGCGGGUGAGGCUGUACUCCUUCCUCCUCUCCCACAUGACGGACCCUCACAGGUUCCAGCUCACCGCCAAACUCUGCCAGGAGGUGUUGGGAGGAGUGGUGGACAAGGUAAUCCAGUUGGACGAGUCUAGUAUUCCAGUCCUACAGGACACACUGGCCAUACUCACCAGCAAGGAAAUCAAACUUUCUUCUCUUCGC